UUCUCUAGUGCUCUUACUUUAUGCACUACUUGUGAUAUGUGUUUCCUGUUUUUUGGUGAAGAAGUUCAGAAUAUACAGAUGGGUUUCUGCUGCACAUGGUACUACCAGAAACUUGUUCAUCAGAUUUUGUUUAGCUAUGGUUCUAUCCAUGUUCAUUAUUUCAAUUCUAUCUCAGUAUUUGUUUCGUUUUCUCAAGUCUUCGAUUCCAGUUUGGUUUAUUUUUGAACUUCAGUCUUGCACUAGGUUCGUGAAAUACGUCGUUCUGAUCGAAGAGCAGGGCAAGGAUCAGGAUCAUCACCCCUUGAUACCAUGUUGGGAACUAGUAGGUCAGUGAUUGUGGCUUUCAAGAUAUUUUUUGUUUGAUUUAUAGGGAAUGACCUAACAGAAGCAGGUGAUCUUUAAGCUGGAUGGUACUUGACCAUGUUUAUCAGAAGAAUGCAGAGAAAAAGGGUAGGUGCUUGCUAUUGAUGUUAGAUAUCAGCUGAACUUAUAAUAUAGUGAUGUCGCUCGUAGUGUUCAAUUGGCAAAGGUUUGCAUUUAGGUGCCUUGGAGAAGAACGUUCUUUGUUUGAGUUUGAAGUCGUUACCUUGUAGGAGCUACGUGAGUGAGACCCUUCUCUCCGUUUUUUUUUCUUAUUUCCAUAUGGUGUGAAUCACUUUAACUUCACCCGUCACUCGUGUCGUGUAGUUUUAGCAAGACUAACAAGUGGUCAACUGAAUUUAUGAACGGCAGACUCCAUGAGAGGUCAUUCGGAAGGACUCCGAAUAGUUCGAUUUUGGGGUAUGGUAGUUGACGCGCUACGGGUUAUUUAUUUUUAGCUGUUGGUUGGUUAUUGUUCAUCUUUUUGAAGACCAGACAAUAUGGAACUUGCUGAGGAUGCCCCUUUUCUAUUAAUUGUAACAUCAUACUUCUUAAUUAAAAUUUAAUCUAUGAAGAGCUCGUUGUUGUUGUUGGAAUAUUUUCUGAAACCCCAUUUGAAAGCUAAAGCUACUCACCACCGGCCGGUCACCAUCUCUCUCAUUCUCACCAUACACAUAAAAACCCAUCUCUUACCUUUCCUCCUUCCUCACUUCCUCUCGCCGGCCGCCGCCAUGUUUAAACCUCGGGCCGCUCUUCUCUUCUUCAUUUUCUCCUUAACUGCCGUCAAUGCCACCGUUCUAUUCAAGGAGGCACCCCAAUUCUACAACUCCCCUGACUGCCCCUCUGUUUUCGAGGGUGAGGAAGAUGGCCAUCGUCUCUGCUCCGACGAUGGCGUCCACGUUGCAAUGACAUUGGACACGGCUUACAUCCGGGGCUCCAUGGCGGCGAUCCUCUCCGUUCUGCAACAUUCACCCUGUCCCCAAAAUGUAAUCUUCCAUUUUGUUUCCUCUGCUUCUGCAAAUGCUCUGUCUCUCCACGCCACCAUUUCCUCCUCCUUUCCUUAUCUUAAAUUCAAAAUCUACCCCUUCGACGAUGUCGCCGUGUCCCGUUUGAUCUCCACCUCCAUCCGCUCUGCCUUGGAUUGUCCAUUGAACUAUGCUCGUAGCUACUUGGCUGACCUCCUCCCCCUCUGCGUUCGCCGUGUUGUCUAUCUCGAUUCCGAUAUAAUCCUCGUCGACGACAUCGCUAACCUCGCCAACACUCCUCUUAACGACGCCGUCCUCGCUGCCCCUGAGUACUGCAACGCCAAUUUCACGGCCUAUUUCACUCCCACUUUCUGGUCCAAUCCCUCUCUAUCUCUCACCUUCGCCAAUCGCAACCCCUGUUACUUCAAUACCGGUGUCAUGGUCAUCGAUCUCUCCCGGUGGCGCCUCGGCGACUUCACCGCCGAAAUCGAAGAAUGGAUGGAGCUUCAGAAGAGAAUGAGGAUCUACGAGCUUGGAUCUCUACCGCCAUUCAUGCUUGUUUUCGCUGGAAACAUCGUCCCCGUCGACCACCGGUGGAACCAGCACGGCCUCGGCGGGGAUAAUUUCCGGGGACUCUGCCGGGAUCUACACCCGGGUCCGGUGAGCCUGUUGCACUGGAGUGGAAAGGGGAAGCCAUGGGCCCGGGUGGAUGCGAACCGGCCGUGUCCGUUGGACUCUCUGUGGGUCCCUUAUGAUCUGUUGCAGACUCCAUUUUCGUUGGAUUCAUGAUUGGUUGAAGCUGGUGAAAAGGGUUUGGGGUUUAAAGAUUACAGGGGAAGGCGUCGGAGAAGUUAUAAUUGGCCGGAAACAGAGAAAUAAUGUAUUUUUAAAAAGGGAAGUUAUAAUGUAUGAUCAAUUUUAUGUCUUUGAAAGGUUAUAUAGCAUAGAUUUUGAUAUAAUCAAUUUUUUUGGAUUAUUAAUUUGGAAAAAAAUCAUUUUUUUUUUGUUGAGACGGGAUUUAA